AGCCUUAUCACACCAGGACUGAAGAAAGCUGAGAGAGUAGUUUAGUAUCAUAAUUAAGCACUCUUUGAUUCUCAUUGGAUGAGUCAACCUGUUGCAUGUGCAACAGGAAAGUCAAUGAGAUGCACAGAGCAGAGACAAAGGGAUGAACUGGCCGUCUGGGUUGUAUAGAAAAAAAGCAUAGGCAAAGCAAUACAAAUCUUCAUCACAGCAUACAUUUUUGGCAACCUAAGGCUGGGUCAUAGAGAAGACAAGAAACUUCUUCUUUUCCCGAAGCUCUUCUGAGGAUGGCUUCCCUCUUCCAACACCUGUGGGUGUUGCUAUGGAAGAACUGGCUGAGCGUCAAAAGGCAACCGCUUUGGUCUUUCACAUUAAUUUCUUUGCCUGUAUUUUCAUUCAUUCUUAUGGCUGUCAUUCGAAUACAAUUUCCUCCAGAAGCCCAAUCAAACUGUUACCUGGCCCCUCGGAAUCUUCCCAGCACAGGUUUCUUGCCAUUUCUCCAAACUGUGCUUUGCAGUUCUGAUUCCACAUGCAAAAGUGCACCAUAUACUCCUGAAGAUCUGUUGCCCAAAUUGAAUAUUUCACUCAAAAGCAGAAGACAGAGAAGUUCUGCUAGCCAGGCGGAGGAGAGAAGCCCAUCAUCCCAAAGUGCUGACGUCCUCCAAAAUAGGCAUCGUCCAUUGGGGAUACUUGAUUCAACAUUCAAUCUGAAAGUUUUUAUUGAAAAUAUUUCAUCACCAACCAGCUAUGACAAAAUAUACUUGCUUAAUGAUAUUCUCACUUUAGCAGAGAAACAAAACUCUUCACAAGCAAACCUUAAAGUUGCUGUCUGUGAGGUUCUAUCAGUGAAUGCAUCUUUGCAAAGUCUCCUUUUGGAAACUCUUGGAAUAAACAUCUAUCAGCCAUUGUGCCUCAACAAUAUGUCUCUUCUGGAGUCACUUUUUCAAGAACUCAGAACUCAUAUUUCAAAAUUACAGAAGGAUCCUUCUUACCAGAUGGCUUUUGUCCAGGAAGCUGGAUCAUUUUUAUCACUCAUCUCCCAAGUACAGAAUGAAACUUCUAUAUGGAACCUCCUCCUGAUGACUCCAGAUAUAAUUCAUGGUGCCACCACAGUGAGAGACAUGGCUGAUACUCUUCACAGCAGGAAAAGGCUAUUUACGAAGAGGGAUAAGAGUCACCAAAUGAUUUUAAAUAUGACCAGCUGGCUAUCUACUUUGAACUGUUCAGAACAAGAUAAAAAUAAUUUGGCAGUAAAUUACAUUUGUGAACAACCUGAUUUCUCGAAAAAGAUUCCGAUUUUAUUUGACAGAAUGAAAGUAGUUUUAAGGAAUCUUUUAGGUCUUGAUUUUGCUGAUGAAGAGCUUAAGACUGGCCAUUUUUUAAAGGAUUUCAAAAGAAAUACAAAAUCUCAGAAUAGCUUGAAGAAAAUGCCAUUAUUUGAUUUAAAAGAAACUCAAAAUAUCCACAAUUUAAACAGGAGCAUCAGGGAUAUCGCAUUUUUAAAUAAUAUUAUUUUUAAAGCCAGAAAGGCAUGGCAAACUGUUAAAAUGAGUACUGUCCUCAAAUUCUUUUUCCUGCCUGAAAAAUAUAGAAAAUACUUAACUUCAGUGGAAGAAGUGCCAUCAUUAGUAAACCUUCUGCUUAAGCCUGCAACAACUGACAAUUUUCCUGAGAAGCUUUUGGAACUUCAGAAAAUCUUUAGUGUCAUAACAAAUAGCAGGACUAAUCAUAACUACCUAUUGAUCUCUUCCCUGACCAAUCUGAUGCAGAAAAUCCAAAAUUCCAUUAAUGAAUCUCAGUGGAAUGAAUUCAACAUUUAUUGGCACAUUGUUGAAAAACUGAGGUCUGCAAAAUGGAGUGAUACAGACAUCCUUAUAUAUAGACAGAUUUUAGAUACAUUACAUGACAAUCUGUAUGUCAACCAUGAUAAUUUUGGACUUCCUUUGAAGAAAGAACUAGAGCAAAUGAUUAAAUUUGUAAAUCACUUAUUGAAAAAAUAUGAUGCAGGGAGCAUCAAGGGAACAAAUGUUUCGAUGGUUUUAAAUACUAUUUUGAAAAGUUUACAAGUGUUAGAGGACCUGGAGAAAAAGUACAUCAGCGAAUUCUUUAUUGUUAAUCCACUAAUGAAUACCAACAACGAAACUGUACAGAAAUUAUUUCAGUUAAUUAUGAAGGGUAUAGAGAUACUUUCUGAUCCCAGUCAGACAGAAGCAUUUAAUAUUAACAAAACAGAUUCCCUUCUCAGAUUUUCACAAGCAUUAUCUUUACUGGAUUUAUAUAUGACUCCAGUGUGGCAUAAUUCUUCAAUGCAAGCAAAAAUGUUGCAACUCUUGUAUUUAGCACCAAGCCUUCUUCAAAUGGAAAACAUUCAGGCUGACAACAGCCUCUCAGACUGCACUGUCAAAGAUUUCCACCUCAUUACAAUUGAAGUGUUUUUCAAUAAUGCCACACUAAAGGAAGCCUUAAGUAAAAGAAAAUGUAAUUUUCGUUUCUCUUCUCUGGAUUUUGAAAACCAAACAACCUAUCAUUAUAUGUUUACCCAAUUGUUUCAGCUUACAACAAAAAGUCUCAAACCAGCAUCACUUUUUGAAAUAAUCCAGGGAAACAAAAGGAAACACUUCCCAGGUGAAUUUCAGUGUCUCAUCAGAUUAUUAGAAGUUUCAUCCAGUUUUCUGUCUAAAUUAAUUGGACUCCAUAAACACCAGAAUUCCUGGAUAGAAAAGAUUGAUAAAAAUCUAAAUGCCUUUUCUCUUGAUCUGUCUCAACAUAAUCUGACUUGCAGAGAACCAUUGCUUAACAAUAUAAUUGACAAAAUUUCUGCUUUAUACAUUCAGAGUCCUUUUAUUUUUAAAGAAACAGUACCAGAUAUUAAAAAUAUCCUGGAUAGACCAUCAUUUUGGAAUCAAACAUUUGUGCCUUCUUUUUUGCUACAUAAUAAACAUCAAAAGAUUGUAGCAAAGAUUUUACAAAUGAGCAAAAGUGUUCAUCAAUCAAAAUGGAAUAAUUUUUCAGAGAUCUUGAGCGAGACCGCAGAAAUAUUGCACUCGAAACAGAAUGUGACAAAUACAAAGCAGUAUAUUCAACUGCUAGAAAUGUCCAGAAAAGCAGUAAUUCUUGUUGGCAUUGGAUUAGCCAACAAGGAAAAAGAAACAUACAAGUUUCUUGAAACUUUAAGCUGGGGCAUGAAAGUUUCCUCUUUAGAAGAGGUAUUAGAUAUGUUCAGAUUGUUCCUAAAUUCCAGUUCUGGCAUAGAUUAUAAAACUUAUUUUAGAAAAAAUAUGAAUACUUUUUUAUCACCUAACGAUGCUCUUUUUCAAAGACUUUUCUACAAUAAUCCUUCUCCAGAACAAAUCAAACACAUAUUAAACAAAACUACAAGAAUGUUGAAUGAAUUGUUUUUAAAUUGGAUCAACUUAAAAUUUACAAUGAUAUGGAAAACUAUCCACAAGGUAAUAUCUAUAGCAACUACCCAAUUUCCAGUGGAAAUACCACGGGCUUUUAAUUCAAAAGAAGAAAUUCCUUUGACAUCUUCAGAUUUUUUUCUUAAAUCUUCAGUAAUAAAAGACAUUCUGAAACCAUUCCUCACCCCUCAGAAUAACUAUCAUAGUAAAACAAAUGUAAAUCUGAUUUCACAAUUAGUACAAAGAAUCCAAAAUACCGCUAAAAAAUCCUGGUCAAAUGAGUUGAAGGCCUUUGUAAAUAUUCAUAGAGAACUACGGCCUGUAAUGUAUAGCUCACUUUUUUUAAGUACAUUAUAUAAACAUUUUUCUUUACUGAAUAAUGCUUCUGACCUUCAUUUUAACUCAGAACUGCAAGGGUUAACUCAACUUUUAUCCUAUGUACUACCAAAAUAUAAUGAAGAAAACCCACAUAUUAACACUUCAGAACAAAUUAAUAUUGCUGUUAGGAAGCUGUUAUUUCAGCAAAGGUUUGUGCGUCAAUUUAUCAUCAGUCAAUUAGAAACCAUCCUCCCAUUGGCUAAUAAUAGCCACAAAAUCUUUGAAAAUAUUUAUGACAUAUUGAAUCAAGGAGCAAUGAUACUUUCUGACAGCAAAUUGGAAGAAACUGAGAAAGGAAAAAUUGCCACCUUGUAUGGUUUUUCACAAUUUCUGUUUCAAAAGGAGUUCAGUGAAUCUUUCUUAGGGGAUAGAAAUGAAACAAAAACAGUGGAUAUCUUAUAUUUAACUCUAAGUCCAUUAUUACAUAGUUGGACCAACAAAAUGGGAGAGCCACAUAAUUGCAAUGCUCAAGAUAUAAUUCACAUAAUUUUUCAAAUGCUGUUUAGAAAUACCACUCUCUCUGAAGUACAUAACCAAAACCAUUGUGAACUGCUUUUCUCUUCUAUGGAUUUUGAAAAGAGAACAAACCAAACAUUUAUUGACUUCUUCCUUUUCUCCAUAAAAAAUUUCCAGCAGACAAAAUUAACAAAUCUUUACCAAAAAAAUAAUGUGCAUUUUUCAAAUGAUUUAUUAUGCAUCAUCAAAUCACUACAAUUUUCUUCUGGCUUGCUUUUGAAAAUGAAUAUACUCUUUGACUUCCAACAUCCUUGGAUACAGGAGAUGUAUGCAACUUUAGCAAAAAUUUCCAAACAAUUACCAUUAAUUAAUUCAACUUGUUUCAUCCCAGUUCUUGAUGGUAUAAAUGAUGUUACUUAUAACCCUUCAAAAAUUCCCUUGCUGUUUUCAGGUUAUGAAACAGAAUAUUAUAUACAAAAUUUCAUUGACAAAUUAAUAGACUGGAGUGAGUUAGCAAUACUCUUUAAGCAGCUUCAAGAUUCUACAUAUUUGAACAUUCCUCUGAAUGAAGCCACACAAAAAAAUGAAGAUGAAAUCUCUAUUCCAUCUAAAAGCAAUUUUUCACAGAUUUGGGCUAUGUUGUCCAAAUGGUACCAUACAGAAACUGAGAAUGCAAGAUAUGGCUUUGAAAUGAUGGAGAAAGUUCUGGAUAACAACAAAUCAGUUCCAGAAAUAUUUAAUGUCAGUAUUUCUAUUUUAAAUCAUUUGGAUUCGCUAAAGGAGUUUAAAGCAAAUCCAGAUCCAAAUUUUCUGUCAAAAAGAACUAAGCUGCAAUAUAAAUUUGAUCGUAUUAGGCACCCUUUUCUGAUGAUUGCAGAAACAGUUCUAAACAAGACAUUUUGGAAGGAAUGGGAACAAGCGCAAUCUCCAAGCAAUUUGAUUGCACAGUUUCUGUUUUCAGAAUUUGAAAAUGUCUUCCUAAAAACAUCUCAUAAUAGUAACUUCUCAUCCUAUUUCAUUUGCAUAAUGAAUGUGUUUCAAGGGCCAGACGAUGAAUUAUCAGGAAAUGGUACUCUUCCUCCAAAAAUAAGAGAGCUAAAAGAAGUUCUUUUUAAUUCUCGAAGUCCUUUUGCCACAGUUCCAGAGAUUCUGAUGUUAAAACUAACCCAUCUGCAAAACCUAACAUCACUCCUUUGUGAUUUCGAGAGUAUUAGAUGGUUGCAGCAAACAUGCCAGCUUGCUGAUGUUAGUUUUGCUGAGUUGUGCAGUCAAAGUGAAUUCCACAAGAAGCUUCUUCAUAGUAGAAGCCAAAGUGAUAGUGCACUGUCCAAUUUAAUUAGCCACAGAAGACUCUUCCAAGAAUUUCAGGAAAUAAUUGUUGGGAAUCCCCAAAAGCUUCAGCAACACAUUAAGUGGUUACAAGAAAAUGUCCCUCAACUUAAAUAUUUCCGUGAUAACUUGAAGUAUAUUUCUUCUUUGACUUCAAUAAUGAAUAUCACUAAGAUUACACCACAUUCCAGAAAACAAGAUAUGGUCAUAGAUCUGUUCCGAAAUACUGAUGGCCUCAAGAAUGAUCUCAAAAAUAUUGUAGGAUUGUCUACCAAAAGUAUCAGUGCUUUCACAGAAAUGCCUCUUUCAGAAAACAAAACAAAGCUGGUAUUUCAAAUACUGAAGCUAGAGUCCUGUAAUACUGAUAUUGGUGAUGCUAAGCUGGAAAUUAUAGCAAAACAAUUCUGCAACUUCUCCAUUACAGAAAGGGCUUACAAGUCUUAUCUUUUGGGGAUCACAUUUCUGCGUUACUUAGAUGUCUACAAAUUCAUCUACAAGAUGCUUUUCCCUAAGGAAUUUCAAAUUCCUGUGGAUAAGGCAUUAGAAGUUCUGAGAGACUUGGAUCACUUGAGGAUGAAGCUUGUAUCAGAUGUUCAUCCGCUCUUAGAUGCAAUUCAUUCCCUGAAAAAGCUGAGGAUGGCAAGACAUGCACCACUUUCUAAGGCUUUAUUUGAGGCUGGCAAUCUAACAAUAAAUAACAGAGUGUUGGAAACUCUAUCAAAAACUUUCUGCAACCAUGACAUCACUCCCUUGUUUUUUGAAUCUCUGUUACCUGAUUUUGAGGAACAGAACGUUCAUCAUUCUUCUGCAGAUGAAGAUGAACAAGUUCAACAUAUUAUGAAGAAAUAUAUUAUCCCAUCUGACACUACACCUUUCUGCAUAUCAUUGUUUCUGGACUUGGUUAAGACACCUUCUGGAGCUUUAAUUUGGUCUUUCUUAAAGCCAAUGGUGCGUGGACGGAUUCUGUAUUCUCCAGAUACUCCUGAAACACGUGCAAUCAUGGAAAAGUCCAAUUCAACAUUGAAACUGAUGGCUGAUUUAACACAAAAAGCCCAGGAGUGGUUGGACCGUUCACCAUUGCUCAUGGAUUCACUAACUAUAUUAAAUGACACUCUUCCAAUGUUGAAGAACACAUUGCAGAAUCCUUUUGUACAGGUUUUCAUCAAACUUAUGGUGAAGCUGGAUGCUGUUGAAUUGUUAAACCAAAUUAAUGAACUGGAUGAUAUACGUUUGGAACUACAGAAUAGCACUGAUAUAAUAAAUCAACUUAUUAUUUUAGCAAGACUAUCAGUAAAUAUUUCUUCAUGUGUGCUGCUUGAUCGCAUUCAGCCAGGCAAAACUGUAGAGGAAAUGGAGAUGAUGGCAAAAGAUCUGUUUCUGAGAAAUGAACUUUUUGCAAGUGUCAUUUUCAAGUUACCUUCAAAUGAGACAAGAAAACACGUAACACCUAGUGGACUUUCCCUUCCACCAUUAGUCAAUUAUACCAUCCGAAUGAGCAGCAAGAUUUCCCAAACAACGAAAAGAAUACGAGAAAAAGUUUGGACAGGGGGACCACAUAAUUCAGCCUCGCAAAGCCAAAUCUACAGUCGAGCAUUUGUCUACAUCCAAGAUAGCAUUGAUAGAGCAAUAAUUGAACUACAGACUGGGAAAAGUGCAGAAGAAAUAGCUGUCCAAGUUCAGGCUACACCAUAUCCUUGUUAUAAUAAAGACAUGUUUCUGACUAGUGUGACCUACUCUCUUCCAUUUACAUUAAUGGCUGCUUGGAUACUUUUCAUUGCAUCUUUUGUGAAAAAGCUUGUUCAAGAAAAAGACCUGAGACUUUAUGAGUAUAUGAAGAUGAUGGGUGUAAAUUCCAGCAGCCAUUUCAUUGCUUGGUUCAUUGAAUGCAUCAUAUUUCUCCUGCUUACUAACAUAUUUCUUAUUUUUAUUCUCAAAUUUGGGAAUAUCCUUCCAAAAAUAAAUGUUAUGAUCUUGUUCCUGUACGUUCUGGACUACAGUUUCUCCAUCAUAGCCAUGUGCUAUCUCAUUAGUGUUUUCUUCAACAAUACAAACAUUGCUGCUUUGGUUGGCUGCCUGGUCUACAUCCUGGCCUUUUUCCCCUUCAUUGUCCUACUAGUUGUUGAGAAUCAGAUGAGCUUCACCAUCAAGAGCCUACUGAGCCUUUUAUCUCCAACUGCAUUCAGCUAUGGAAGUCAAUAUAUUGCCCGUUACGAAGAAAAAGGCAUUGGUCUGCAAUGGGAUAAUAUUCAUGUGUCACCAAUAUCAGGAGACAAUACUAAUUUUAGCUGGAUGUGCUGGUUAAUUAUGAUAGAUUCUUUUAUUUAUUUCAUUCUGGGCUGGUACAUCAGGAACGUUUUUCCAGGGAAAUAUGGGAUGGCAGCUCCAUGGUAUUUUCCAUUCCUUCCAUCUUACUGGACUGAGCGCUAUGGUUAUUUUCCUUUGUGGAGUGAGAAGUUAACAGGCUAUCUUUUCACCAAUUUCUUCUUAAGAAAACAACCUGCUUUCCCGGAAAAGAUGUAUGUUCACAGUGCUUCACCCUCUAACAUUGAACCUGAACCCACUCAUCUCGAAGUGGGAGUUUCUCUCCAAGGAAUAACAAAGAUUUAUGAAUCCAAAGCUGCUGUUCAGAAUCUCAAUCUGAAUUUUUAUGAAGGAAAUAUCACCUCAUUGCUGGGUCAUAAUGGAGCUGGAAAAACUACCACAAUAUCUAUACUGACAGGUUUGUUUCCUGCUUCAUCUGGCACUAUAUUUGUUUAUGGCAAAGAUAUCAGAACUGAUCAAGAUUUCAUCAGGAAAAAUAUGGGAAUUUGCAUGCAGCACAAUGUAUUAUUUGAUUACCUCACCACAAAGGAGCAUCUGCUUUUAUAUGGCUAUAUCAAGGUGCCCCAAUGGAGCAAAGAAGAGUUACAGGAAGAAAUAGACCGGAUUUUGAAGGAAACUGGAUUAUACAACCAUCGUCACAAGUUGACAGGCUCUUUAUCAGGAGGGAUGAAGAGGAAGCUAUCUAUUUCAAUUGCUCUACUGGGAGGUUCAAAGGUUGUAAUUUUGGAUGAACCAACCACUGGAGUUGAUCCCUGUUCUAGGAGAGGCAUUUGGGAAAUCAUAUCAAAGAACAGAAAAGGCAGAACAAUCAUCCUUUCUACACAUCACUUGGAUGAAGCAGAGGUCUUAAGUGACAGGAUUGCAUUCUUGGAACAUGGAGGUCUCAAAUGCUGUGGGUCCCCAUUCUACCUCAAGGAAACUUAUGGUAGUGGAUACCACCUGACACUUACUAAAGAAAAGAGCUCAGUUCUGAAUGUAGGAGAAUGCAAUACCUCUACCGUGACAGCCACAAUACAGGCUCAUCUUCCAGAAGCAUAUCUCAAAGAAGAUAUUGGUGGAGAACUUAUCUAUGUACUUCCUCCAUUUAACAAUAAAGUUUCUUUAUCCUAUCAGUCUCUUCUGAGAAACCUGGAUAGUAAUUUAAGUGAUCUACAUAUUGGCUGCUACGGAAUUUCAGAUAGCACUGUAGAAGAAGUAUUUCUUAAUUUGACCAAAGAUUUUGCAAAAGAUGAACAAACUGAUGCAGAGUUAUCUCAAGAGGGGCCCAGUUUUAAUGUGGAUAAUGACGGCUUGUCCAUGAACUCUAACAAUGUCUUUGAACCAGAUGAUCAAGUCCUGAUUAACACAGGAAAGCCAAACAAUCUUUCUCUCCUGCUGAGGAAAGCCACAGCAUUGUUCAUUAAACGUUUCCAUCACACUCGACGCGAUGUGAAAGGUUUUAUUGCUCAAGUUAUCCUUCCUGUGCUCUUUGUGACAGCUGCUAUGGGCCUGGGCAACUUGAGAACCAAGGUGGCAGAAUACCCAGCUCUCCAUCUCUCACCAGCCUUGUAUGGUUCUUCCAGCCAGUCAGACUUCUUUGGGAAUUUCAAUCAAACCACAGAUAUUUUGGUUGCUUCAAUGCUCUCUUUUCCUGGAAUAGAUAAUAUCUGCCUAAACAGAAGUAAUUUUUUCCAAGCAAUCAUUUCCUCUGCCUCUGCCGGUCUGGGCUGCUUCCGCAUGCCUUCCUCCUCCCAAGCGGAACAUAAAGAUGGGCGGAACACUUCUCCAAAGUUGGGAGUCUCUGAGCGCAUUUCUGUUGUUGCUCAUCCUUAUCCUGGUGGAGAGAGUCAGGAGCAAGCUAUGCUUAGUAGUUUACUGGAUAUCAUCGUGUCCAUGUCAGUCUUGAUUGGAUACUCCAUCACAACAGCUAGUUUUGUGCUUUACGUGGUCAAGGAACAUCAAACAAAGGCAAAACAGCUACAACAUAUCUCUGGCCUCGGUGUGACCAGCUACUGGGUGACUAACUUCAUUUAUGACAUGGUUUAUUUUCUGGUGCCUGUUAUACUCUCAGUGGGCGUUAUUUCAGCUUUUCAGAUACCAGCUUUCUUCAAUGACAAUAACCUGUUGGCUGUAUUCCUGCUUCUUCUUUUAUUUGGAUAUUCAACAUUUUCAUGGAUGUACUUGCUGGCUGGAAUCUUCAAGGAAACUGGGAUGGCCUUUAUUGUUUAUGUCUGCAUCAAUUUAUUCUUUGGUGUCAACACAAUCAUCUCCCAUUCAGUUAUUUUUUUACUUUCCCAAGAAAAAGCUACUGAUAAGGCCCUGCAUGAUCUUGCUGAAACAUUGAGACAUAUUUUCCUGAUAUUCCCACAAUUCUGUUUUGGUUAUGGGUUAAUCGAAUUAUCUCAGUAUCAUGCCCUGAUGGGUUUUUUGAAAGCCUAUGGAGUAAUUUACCCUGAUAAAACAUUUGAAUUGGACAGGACAACAUCCAAACUGCUUGCGAUGUUCAUUCAAGGAACUCUGUUUUUUACAGUCCGCCUCUUGCUUGAUGAUGGAACAAUUCAGAAAAUGUGGCAUAAAAUAUUACAAUUCUUAUUUAAUAAAUUGCAUGGUAAGUCUCCACUCUACCUUGAAGACAUUGUUGGGGAGGAAGACAAAGAUGUCCGAGCAGAAAGAGAGCGAGUGACACUGGGCUUGUCAGAUUGUGAUGUGUUGCAGCUCCAGAAUCUUUCCAAAAUCUACCAUCUUCCCUACAGAAGGGUUGUAGCAGUAAGAAAUGUCAACAUUGGAAUCCCAGCAGGAGAGUGCUUUGGCUUGCUUGGUGUGAAUGGGGCUGGGAAAACCACCAUUUUUAAAAUGUUGACAGGCGACAUUGGUCCAACUGAUGGAAGGCUACUGAUGCAAGAUGAAACUGGAUCCUUAAAUGAAAUUGAUGAUGCACACCGUUCACAAUUUGGAUACUGUCCUCAAGAAGAUGCUCUUGAUGAUUUGCUGACUGUUGAAGAACACAUGUAUUACUAUGCACGAUUACAUAGCAUCCCAGAGGAAGAUAUUAAAGGGAUUGUAUUUCACCUUCUUUAUCGACUUAAUCUCAUGCCUUACCGAAGUAGAAUUGCUUCUAUGUGCAGCUAUGGCACCAACAGAAAGUUAUCGACUGCUCUAGCCCUUCUGGGGAAACCAUCAGUUUUGCUAUUGGAUGAGCCAAGUUCUGGUAUGGAUCCUAAUGCAAAGAGGCAUUUAUGGAAAAUCAUCACGGAGGAAGUGCAGAACCAGUGUUCAGUGAUACUUACUUCACACAGCAUGGAAGAAUGUGAGGCUCUCUGCACACGCCUGGCUAUCAUGGUAAAUGGACAUUUCCAGUGCUUGGGUUCAUUGCAGCACAUAAAAAGCAGAUUUGGAAAAGGAUUCACUGUGAAGAUGCAUUUGAAUAACAGUGCAGACAACAUUGAGAAGCUGACUCUAUUUUUACAAACAAACUUUCCAAAUACAUACUUAAGGGACCAUCAACUGAACAUGGUGGAAUAUCAUAUCCCAGUGUCUGCCGGAGGUGUAGCAAACAUAUUUCAACUUCUAGAAAUGAACAAAGCAGUUUUUGAAAUUAAACACUUCUCUGUGAGUCAAACAACUCUGGAAGAGGUUUUCAUCAACUUUGCUAAAGCUCAAACUAGCCCUGAUAUUUCAGAUGCAAUCACCUAUACAAGUCCAGAAGCUUAAGGGAACAUUUAACUGCUAUACUAAAGCUUUAUGCCAAAACUUCUUGACUACUGUAUUAAAGCUUUUCUUUGCAAGUUAUUUUAUCCAUAUUGUACUCUAGACCAUGAAUCUAGGCCCUUCCCUUUAUAUCAGAUUGGUCUUUACUUCUUUCUCAAGUUUUUUUUUUUCAUACGUAAACAAUACAUAGCAGAUACAAAUAUAUUUCUCAUCAUGUAUUUAUGAAAUUCUUUCCAUGCUCCAGUUCCAAGAAAUAUAUUCUCAGUGAAAAAGAAGAGCUGCUUUGUGUUAAGGAAUAUAAACGAAAAGAUUGCUAUAGAGAGAGAUUAUGACAAUGUUAAAUAAAUUUUUUUUAAAAUGAC